AUGGUGGAUGUGAUUCUGCAAUCUUCUGAUGGCGUUACUUACACGUUACCAACCGAAAUGGCCACAUUAUCAUCGCUUGUCCAAGAUGUCCUCGAGCAUUGCAGUAUGCACGGAGACAGGACUAUUCGUCUGCCUAAGGUACCUGACGUCGCUCUGGGAAACGUAGUGGAAUGGAUGCGUCGAAAAAACCAGGUCUCUUCACAACGAACAAAUACGUCUUCUGAAUCGAGACGAUUUACCGAAAGCGAAUACGACGGCAGGGAUUCUCAGCUUGCCAACUGGGAGCGUGAUUUCUUCCAUCGUCUUAAUAAAGAUGUCCUGUUUAUGGUACUGAAUGCUGCCAACUACAUGGGAAUUACGGCGCUCGUUGGCUCAGGUUCAAGCUAUGUUGCAGAAGUGAUUUCGGUAAUGUCGUUCAGAGUUGUUCUAUCAAGUACGGAUUUCAGUUAUCGUAAAAGCAAGAGGGUUUGA